AUCAUGAACAUCCGCAAUGCUGGGCCGCACGACCUGAUAAACAUGCAACACUGCAACCUGCUCUGCCUGCCCGAGAACUACCAGAUGAAAUACUAUUUCUACCAUGGACUGUCCUGGCCCCAGCUCUCUUACAUCGCUGAGGACGAGGACGGGAAGAUUGUGGGCUACAUCCUGGCCAAAAUGGAGGAGGACCCAGAAGAUGCCCCCCAUGGACACAUCACCUCCCUGGCGGUGAAGCGUUCGCACCGGCGCCUCGGCCUGGCCCAGAAGCUGAUGGACCAGGCCUCCCGGGCCAUGAUCGAGAACUUUAGCGCCAAGUACGUGUCCCUGCACGUCAGGAAGAGUAACCGGGCCGCCCUGCACCUGUAUUCUGACACUCUCAACUUCCAGGUUAGUGAGGUGGAACCCAAAUACUAUGCAGAUGGGGAAGAUGCCUAUGCUAUGAAGCGGGAUCUCUCGCAGAUGGCAGAUGAGCUGAGACGGCAGCUGGAGCUGAAGAAGGGCAGGCCUGCGGUGCUCGGCCCCAGGGAUAACCAGGAGACCCCAGGCAGCAUACUUCUGGGUUCUGAAGAGUCAGGUCAGGAGAGGAAGAGUCCCUCCAGUGACAGUAGUGGCGGCAACAGCAAGGAAGCCAGUGAGUCCACCGAGAGCACCUAUGUCCAGGACAGCCCAGAAGACUCGGAUUUUGCCAUUUAG